AAUGUGUUUUCUUUUAGAGGCUGAAAUGAAAGUAAACGUAUACAUCUAGGCUAUAACUAGAACUUAAGUCACUUCAGUUUAUAAUUUAUAAACUCGAGAUUUUGUUUUCAACUGACUCUCAAUUCUUCCUAAAAACUGGAUUAAUAUUGGAUUAUAAUUGGAUUCACUUACACUGGAUUAUUAUUUCAUACAUUCAUUGGACUGGAAUCUUGGAUUUCCCUAAAAGUAGUGUUUUAAUAUGAGGAAUAUGAAAUGUGUUGUGGUGGGUGACGGUGCUGUUGGGAAAACAUCAAUGUUGACAAGCUACACUGAAGGCUCAUUUCCAGAGGACUACGUGCCAACUGUGUUUGACAACACGACAAUAGACCUAACAGUUGAAGGUCAACAGGUCAGCCUAGGACUGUGGGAUACGGCAGGACAAGAAGAUUAUGACAGAUUGAGGCCAUUGUCUUAUCCUGGGGCGGAUUGUUUCAUUCUAUGUUUUUCUUUGUGUAAUAAAGCAAGUGCAGAGAAUAUAAAAGCCAAGUGGUAUCCAGAAAUACAUUACCAUUGUCCCUAUGCACCAAUCAUACUAAUUGGGACAAAACUAGACAUGAGGCAAGAUAAAACUAAACAGAAUGAUCCUAAAAAGAUAGUGUCAAGGUCAGAAGGGGAGAAAAUCAGCAAGUCUAUAAAGGCAGUCAAGUAUUUAGAGUGCUCUGCUCUUACCCAAGAAGGACUGAAAGAAGUAUUUGAUGAGGCAGUCAAGGCAUUUUUAUACAAAAAGACAAAGCAGAAACCAAACAACAAUAAAUGUUUGAUGUUGUAGAGUUCCUUUGUCUCAUAGAAUUUUAGAUGUCUAUAGUCUUCAAUGCAUAUAUUGUAUUAAAUCAUUAUAAAGCUCUCAUUGUGGCUGUGUUGUAGCUACUGACAGGCGGCAGUUGCUUUUUAAUGAUUGCAGAACUAUUCUGAAUAGUAUUGACAUAUUGAUACGCACAUAUUUUUAGUUUUUUUUUUUUUUUGUGUGAGUGUCAGAUGUAUUUGUACAAUCUAGAUAGAAAUUCCAAUUCAAAAUAGGUCGACCUUUAAAUUACCGCGUUAUCAUAAUGAGACUAAUCAUUAUAGAAGGCCUCACCACUGACCUUUGAGUCGCAACCGGUGGGCAGUGGAGGCCAAUAGUUUGCUGCCAUGUCACAGGUCUGUACAGGUCCACUUCCCACAGGAUAUAACGUCGCUGGUCAGGCCUUCUUGGACAAUUGGUCUUUGUCAUAGUCACUGACACAAAAUGGCUGAUAUUGUUGUGUUAUUGGUCUAUAUUAUAUUGGAAGCAUUAAAGCUUUAAAAUUGUGUAUUUAGGGUUAGGUGUUAUCGGUCUAUAUUAUAUUGGAAGCAUUAAAGCUUUAAAAUUGUGUAUUUAGGGUUCAUUUUUAAGAUGGAAGUGUACUUGAAGAUAUCAUUAUGUAACAAAUGUCUUGAAGAACUUUCUCACUCCUAAAUGGUUAUCGUUCAUAGAAAAUGAGUAUUGAAGAAUUGUUUCCUCAUUGUAAAUGAUGCUUGAAGAGAUGUUUUCUCAUUGUUAAAAAUGAUUGAAAAGAUGUUUCCUCAAUGUUAAUGAUUGAAAAGAUGUUUCCUCAAUGUUAAUGAUUGAAGAGAUGUUUCCUCAAUGUUAAUGCUUGAAGAGAUGUUUCCUCAUUGUAAAUGAUUGAAGAGAUGUUUCCUCAUUGUUAAUGGCAAUUGAAGAGAUGUUUCCUCAAUGUUAAUGAUUGAAAAGAUGUUUCCUCAAUGUUAAUGAUUGAAAAGAUGUUUUCUCAUGGUUAAUGAUUGAAAAGAUGUUUCCUCAAUGUUAAUGAUUGAAAAUAUGCUUCCUCAAUGUUAAUGAUUGAAAAGAUGUUUCCUCAAUGUUAAUGAUUGAAAAAAUGUUUCCUCAAUGUUAAUGAUUGAAAAGAUGUUUUCUCAUUGUUAAUGAUUGAAAAGAUGUUUCCUCUUUGUUAAUGAUGAUCAUAUCAUCAAACUCCAUUUGAGUGAUGGCUUGAGAGGCUCAAAUCCUCUCUUGCAAAAGCCCUGGACAGAAACCCUGCUGUCUUGCAUAGUGCAUACAUGUCACCACACCAUACAGGUCGAGAAUAUUUGGUUUCCCAGACCUGUCAAGACGGAGAUUAGCAAGUCUGGGGCAGUCAAAAAGAAUAUGAGACACUGUUUCCUCUUCUUCCUGGAUGUUUCCACAUUGUUGAAAUAAAGGUUAAAGAAAUGUUUCCUUUAGCCUGAAAUUUCAAAGCUGUCCAACACGUUCCAUCUUUUAAUACUCUUGAUACAGUCAAAAAAAAUUUUUAUUUGUAAAAUUAUCUACAUUCAUUGUUACCAUUCAUUCCUUUGUUAUUAUUAUAUUUUUAGCAUCUUUAAUUUGUAAAGAACCAUUGAGUACCACCACAAACCCAGCCUAAAUGGACUGUAGGAUGCCCCAGAUUGUGGGUUAUCAAGACCUACUUGCUUACUUAUUCCUGUGAACCCUGGAUCCCCAGAGGAGAAUAGGGCCGCAACUGCAUCUCUCCACCGAACUCGCUUCUUUGCUACUUUCUUCUACUGCUCCCAUGUCAUUCCAGUGUCCUCAACCUCUUCCAGAUUUGAUUGGGCCUGCCCACUUUCCAGGCACGACAUGGCCUAAAUUGUGCCAAUGUGCCUCAAAUCAAAAUCAAAUCAAAUCACUGCCCACUUUCCUCUAUCCUUGCAGUUAUUAAGAAUGGUGUUAAACAAGAAACAUAGCCUGUAGACCUCGAUGUGUGUUUUCUUUUCUUGAGAGGACAACUGAGUAUUGACUGAUUAAGUAUCCAGAAACAAUAGAAGUAGCCUACAUAUUUUAUGAAGACAUGGAGACUUUAGCUUACGAACACUUAAGAUUACAGAGACUUUACCUUAUGAACACCUAAGAUUACAGUACAGAAGUUUAACUCUUUCUCUCCUCAAUUAUUUACCACAUUCUGGUGGAAUCAACAUUGGUAUCGUCAGUUAGGAGAGAAAGAGUUAAGUACUUUAGCUGACAGACCUCAGGAUUAUACUUUAUGAUGGCAUGAAUCUUGUCUAUAAUAAAAAGUACUGUUUUUUAGCCCUGCUUUAUUAUGGCUAAGUUAUUUGAACUGCCAGGUUAUCAAGUGCUGAGUUUACUGAACUCUUAUGAUGUAUAUAGCUAAUGUACAGUUUUAUUGAUAAAUAUUUUAGUUUUAAAUUUUAGAAAAGGAACAAUCACUUAGAUAUUCAUCACUAGUCUUAGAACUGCAUGGAAUUUUUUUAUUUGUUGAAUAAUGUUUCAAAUUAAGUCCCUCUUGAUUAAACCACUGAUUUUAUUUACUAGAAAUAUAGUGAGUUAAAGUAAUAGGUAUUCUUUUUACAUAAAUAUCUGGCUAGUCAAUUAUUUUGUAAUAACUUGAUGCAAAACUAAAACAAAAGAAGAUGCAUUAUGAAUGUUUCUUUCACUGUGUUGGGGAAUUUUUAACAUGCUUUACCACAUGUUUGUUUUUUCUACUAAGUAAAUUGUUUCAUGUAUUCUUGUGUGCAACUUUUUAAAUAUCCAUUUCAAAAAAAGUAGAAAUUAAUUGUUUAAUAAAUAACUGCCAUUUUAUAGAAUCCAAGUCCCACAACUCUAUUUUUUUUUUUACCAUGCAGAUCUGUUGACAAUAUCCACUUAAGCCACACCUACUUUUGUACUUGACUUUGGAGUAUUGUUUUUAAUUGUAGCAUGUUUAAAUUGCUUUAUUUUGUUUUUAAAUCUCUCACAAAUGAUAAUAAAAUAAAGAUUUUGUUAAUAUUGACUAGUAUUAUUAAAAUCUUUUUAUAUGUAUGUAGCCAUGAGUAGCUUCAUUGCUAAGUUACAUUAUUAUAAUUACAUUCUUAAUAUUGUUUCCAUAAUUCAAUAUUCAUUAAUGAUGCUUUUGAAUGCCAUGUAAGAGUAGUACCAUGUCAAGGGCCAAACCAUGGGUCAAAGUUUGGGAAUUCUAACCUCAUGAAUAUGUUUUUAAAUGUAUGAUAUGAAUAUAGCAUUUAUAUAAAUAUGUAUGUGAUAUAAUACGUCCAUCCUAAAUGUCAAAGACCAGCAACAAAGACUUGUCACUAUAUUACAAUCCCACUUGGUUUGUUUUCAUAACAAAAUGUUUAAUAUUAUUGAUACAAUAUGUUGUUUUUUUUUUGCAAAUGAAUAGUUUAUCUGAUUUCCUGAAAUUGCAUGGUGCACUCCCUGCGUUGUUGAUUUAUUGAUUGCUUCUUUCAAGACAAAGUCAUGAACGCAUUAAGAAACAUGAUUGUAUAUUUAUAGUUUUUAACUUGUUGAUUCUCUAUUCACUACCGGAGAGAUAGUGGGGAAAAAAUGCAGGUUACAACUGGGUUUGCAUAGUCAUGUGAAACACAGCACUCAUUGUUAGUCUUCAGAGUCAAAGGCAUUGCCAUUACCUGAGAGAUAAUCUCAGUGUUCAGGACAGGAAGGCAUAUGCCUUUAGUGCCCCAAUAUGCCAUGCCUCUUUGCUCCCAUUUUUGAUUAGUGAAUCUGCAAAUACACCCCACCCCCUUUUUUCCCCAUGAGAUGACAACGGUAAUCAUAGUUAUACUGCAACCAAGUAAUUGCACAAUGAUUUCUUGUUCAGACUUUAUUAGCAUCUACUAGGAGUGUUAUUUCAUGUGGCUCUUACUAGAUCUAUUAGAUGGUUUUUAUCUGUAUAUUAUAUUCAACAUCAUUAUCCGUCUGUCUCUUGAAGGUCUAAUUUUGUCAUAGGAGUGCUGUGACAGUUUACGUCACCAAAUCCCUCCACUUUCCCAGUCAAAAGCUGUUUGUAUAGGACAUCAAGAGAGAGGCCGGUCCAUCAUUCUCCAGCCAGCAUUUCUUUGGACGACCUUUCUUCGUGCUCUCUCCACUGUGUCUUGAAGAAUGACUUUUGAUAGUGAGUCGUGCUUACAGUAUAUUCUAUUACAUGAAAGUUUUCUGUUGUCCUAUUUUCUAUUGUCUUCCUGCUUGGUAUUUAACAAUAUUUUUUAAAAAUAAAUUUAUAAAAUGCCUUAUUUAUGUUAAAGAAUUAUUAAUCUGAUGUCCAUUCAUGCAAAUUAUAUCUUUUUUUUUAGUGCCUUUAAAUGUUAAGGAACGUAUUAAAUGCCUAUAUAUGUCCUAUUAAAUGCUUGACUAAUGUUACAACUUUGUAAUGUUAUGUUUCCAACAGUAUUUUUUAUUUGAUCAAGUGUCUUACCUCCCUGCAAGCAAUCAUAAGCAUUCUGUUGCUGCUGUUCUAGAAUUUGUUCCUUCGCAUUGGUGCAUUUACUUUUUUUCAAGUUAUUUUACCGGCAUGUAUGUAUAUGUUGAAACCAGUGGGUCGGGGGUUUGAAACCUAUGUUUAUUUGCUUGUAAAAUUUAGGCAACCAUUAUUGUAAGAUUUUGUUUUAGAAUUUACAACACUCUGUUUUGCAUACCAUUUUUUGUUAAUUAUCCAAGACAUUGUAAUGUUAAGCCUAUUUGUUGUAGUUUUUGACUCAAAACUGUUUUUAGGUCUGAGUAAGUCCACUGAGGAGGCUGAAUUAGUUUUGUGACAUAACAAAUUACAACCAUUUUCUUCAUUUCCUUCUCUGGUACAUGUCUGGGGUCAUUUAGAGGGGCUUGUUAGUCUUGACUGGCUAAUCACCUAGAAAGGAAAACUCAUAAAUCCAAAUCUCUGCUGCCUAAUGGCUCUACCCUAACACGGAGUCAACCCCCUUAGGGAAAAUCAGGAGCAGGUGGCCCUUAUUUGCUUGCAGUUCCUGGUGCUACACGUUGGCAGAACCUGCAGCAAAUCCCCAGCUGUAUUGAAACCUGCUGUUCCUUUAGACACACCAGCUGCAUGUCCAGGGAGGGGGAACAGUUAGGUGGGCAAUAUCAUUCCAACCAAGGCUAAUGCCCAGGCUUUUAUUUCAUUUCUAUGAGAUGAUUCAUAGUUACUUUGCAACUGAAGGAGGCAAUAGAAAGACAUGUUAUGGCUAGGCUCAUUUAGAUCAUGAGUAAAAAAAAAGUCUUCACCAAAACUCGACCUCAGGACUUUCUUUUCAGCAGCCAAGUCCCUAAGCCAUUGGUGCCUAAAAUUUUGUUUCCCAGAUAAGCUCAGUGCUUAAAAUUUUUAUCUAUAACUCUUUUUUUUUUAAAAACAUACCACUUUGAGACCUUGUGAUAAAAAAAAAAUCAUGUUUCUAAGACCCAUGGUUUAGGAGGCUGUCAUUUGACCAUGAAAACAACCAACUACCUUUACUUUCCCCAACUAAAGUCAGGUACCCAUUAGUGUUGCAUGGACUUUAAGGGGUCCUGAAAAUCCAGAAUUUCAAUAUCCUAGUCUUUACCUAUAUUCGAACCCAAGAUCUCUUGGUUCAGAAGCAAAGAGGUUUACCACUCAGCCCCCUAUAUUUAGAACUUAUCAUCAAAUACAUUUUUUUAGCAAAACAAUUGGUCUAGUUUUAUAAACUAAAUUUCUGAAUUUCUUUGCUAUUUCUCAAUACCAGUUUUGUACUUAAGUUUUGUUUUGUGGAAUGUUUUUUCAUUCAUGUGCUUCUCAUCACAACCAAGUGAAAUGUUUCUAGAGCUGUUUAUUUCAUUCCAAUCAAAUUGGACUAAUUACUGGCUUUCAAAUCUUCCAAUAAAACUGUACACUUUUACAAACAUGCUUCUUGAGCUGAAUUAAAAAAAAAACAACAAAAAAAAACAUUUUGAUAUUUUCACAA